UAUAGGAUAAAUACAAGAUUUAUAUUUCCCCUGACUGAGGUGUCCAGAAACAGGGAUUCACAGAUUCAAACUAAAGAGCUUAGCCAUUCAACACAGAUGAGAGGAAUUGAUUUUCACCCAGAAGGUCGCAACACUUUUUAGAUAAGCAUAUGAAAUGCUGUGGAUUCUGGACAGAGAUGAAGAGUCCAUCCAGCUUGUAUUCCUUUCCAACCCACUUUCCAAUUCUGGCUUCUUCUCCCUUCCUUUCCGAUCCUGAAGAAGGUUUCAGCCUGAAACAUCAUCUCUAUCUCUCUCCAGAUAUGCUACCUGAUCUGUCGAGUUCCUUCAGUAUUUUCGAUGCUGCCUGGCCUGCUGAGUUCCUCCAGCAUUCUGUGUGUGUUGAAAAGAUGCAGUGGAAAGGCCAGCCUACUGCUUCAGGUUUCAAAUCAGCACUGGGCCACCAGAAAUAUUUUGAGUUAAAAAUAACAGAUGCACAGCCCCCCUCAUCAGCAUAUCAAGCCGUUUCAUCGGUGAAUAUGGUUUUAAGUCAUCUGCAAUAUGCAUCAGUGUGAUAACUACCAGUCAAAGCAAGAAACAGACAUCAACUGUUACCAAAGUGGCCCUAUUUUCAACAACUGUGGUGCAUUCAGCAAAUUCAAUUCCAGGUGCCUCAUUAUGGAAGAUAAUCAAUAUUAUCUAUAUUAUGAAUAUAAUGAAAACACAACACUUCCCUUUAAUUUACCAACUUUAUUCUGUAAUAAUAGCAAAGUUAUACAUUUUAAGCGAGUUUAUGUGCCCAGUUUAUAUGCAAUCAUAUUUGUGGCAGGGCUUCUAGGCAAUUCUUUGGUCAUUGUGGCAAAGGUCCUUUAUGAGAAGCUAAAGAGCAUGACAGAUUUCUACAUGUUGAAUCUGGCGAUUGCUGACUUGAUGCUACUUUGCACUUUGCCGCUCUGGGCAGUAGAUGCAUAUUAUGGAUGGACUUUUGGAACUUUUAUGUGCAAAGUUGUAAAUGGUGUUUAUACUGUCAACCUCUAUAGUUGUAUGUUUAUGCUUACCUGUGUGACCAUUAACAGGUGUCAUGCCAUUACUCAAGCAACAAAAAUGCCUAAAUAUAAAAUAAUACAUGGUAUGUUUGUUUGUGGAGGGAUUUGGGUUUUUGCUAUCAUUCUGUCUCUUCCAGAAUUUCUAUUAAGUGAAGCAAGUGCUGUAGAAACUGGUAAAGCUGUAUGCCGUAUGAACUAUCCAUCUGAUUCAGACAUCAUCAAAGUAGGAGUCCACGUAACACAGAUGGUGGUGGGAUUUCUGAUACCCUUUGUGACAAUGAUCAUUUGCUACACGAUCAUUGCAAACAAACUGCUCCAUGCCAAGGGCUUUCUGAAGGGUAAAUCAUUAAAGAUUAUAGUUGCAGUUGUAAUUGUUUUCAUGAUUUGUGAACUCCCAUUCAAUGUUACAAUUAUGCUGCAAACUUUACAGAUGGUCAGUGAAAAAAACAGGACUUGUGAAUUCCAGGCAAAUCUAAAGCAUGCAAUUGUUAUAACGGAGAGCAUUGCCUAUGUACAUUGCUGUCUUAAUCCUAUACUGUAUGUAUUCAUUGGAGUGAAGUUUAGAAACAAUUUUUGGAAGAUUUUAAAAGACGUUGGAUGUAUCAGUCAAAAGCAACUACAUGUGCACCUGAAAACUGAGUACGAAACGACACAGCAACGAUCAUGUCUAAGUGAAACGAUGAUGUCUCCUUUGUAAAGGAUUCAUGGAAUACCAUAUGAAGACGUUUGCUUACUGAUACACGCCAACAGUAAGAAGCAAAGUGAGAAAAUUAAGAAAUUAAAAUGCAAAGUUGACACUCAUCCAUUGGAAUGCAAAAAAAGAAAAAAAUCCGCAAGUGAACCAACUUUUCAGAAUAUUUUAUGAACUAAAUUUUCAAUUGAACUCUUAAGAAUUUCCAGACAUUUGAUGUUUUUCUUGAACUGUUUCUCUAUAAACAGAAUAAAUUGUAUGACUUCAGAUGGUUUCAUAGUAUUACCAUCUCAAGGAGAACCAGCCAUAGUCGGAAGGUCCAUCAUUACAAGUGAAAUAUCCUGGUUAAGAACAUGUUACUACUGUUAUGCUGUUGGGUAUUUUAUUUUCUUCAGCUUCUCUGGAAAACUUCUGUGUUACUAUCAGUAUUUUGCUUUCUGUUAAGAUAAGAAGUCAUCUGAUUAGUUUAGGAAUGUACUGUCAGCCAAUCGGAUUUGUCUUGAUAACAUUCUGUCCAUUAGGAUGCAAUGGAACAUUCGAGAGAAGUUGAUGACAUCCAAUUUCUAGGAGAAUGUGGGUUUUGGGAGAGGUCUUUUUCCAGAAGUUGGGGGAUAAGUGAGGUGUGGAGAAGAGGCAAUGGAAGAUGUUCGAGGAACCCUUCCUGAAAGAGAGGGACCGUUGUAAGAGAUGCUUUGUACAGACAAAUGGUUCCACAGAGGUAAAGCCAAUACUUCUAAGUUAGCCACUUGGUUUAUAACAGACCUUGAGGGAAGUUUGAAGUGUGACUGGUGUGUUUCACGCAGAAUGUGGGUUCAGCACUGAGUAAUUAAAGCAAAGCACCUGAUUACUCAGCAAUGAGUUCCAACAUUUAUGUGCACAUUAUAGACUCAUUUAACUGUAAUGGCCCUUUAUCUGUUAACUGUUUGUUAAAGUUGAAACAUGUAUAAAUAUACAUCCACUUUAAGUUUGUGCCGGUUUAAGUUCCA